AUGUUUGACUCUGGUUACAAGUCACAGUAUAUUGGAGGCCAGAAGGAAAAGUUUGUAAGGUAUAUAAUACAAAAGUUGGAUGAUCUGGAUUCAAAUUUGUCAAUGCCAUCUAGCUCAAGUGGGAUGAAGAAAUUAAGGUUUAAUUUAGAUUCUUUGCCAUUGCCAAUUCCUGGUCGUGGAAGAAAGAAUGCAUCGAAAUCAUUUAGGCUAGGAGUGAAGAGAGGAUCAGAGGGAAUAAAAACAAUUGGAAGAUCACUCAAAAGUGGAGUAACAUGGGCAGUGUUUCCAGAAGAUCUUAAAGUGUCAGAGAAAAAAGUAUUUGAUCCUCAAGAUAAGAACCUUUUGUAUUGGAACAAGUUUUUUGAGAUUCUAUGCAUUUUUUCUGUAGCUUGUGAUCCUUUCUUCUUUUAUCUUCCUUAUUUCAACCACAAAUCAUUUUGCCUCGCAAUAGAUAACGAGCUAGCAAGUUUUGCUGUCACACUCAGAACAAUAUUUGAUGUUUUUUAUCUCCUCCGCAUAAGUUUUCAAUUCCGCACUGCUUACAUUGCACCUUCAUCUCGGGUGUUUGGACGAGGUGAACUUGUCAUUGAUCCUGCAAAGAUUGCUAAGAGAUAUUUACGACGUUACUUCAUUGUUGAUUUCAUUUCUGUGCUUCCUGUGCCACAGAUUGUAGUGUGGAAAUAUCUUUACAGUAACAAACGUGCACAGGUAUUGGGCACAAAAACGGCACUGUUGAGAAUUGUCAUCCUCCAAUACUUUCCAAGAUUUCUACGCUUUAUACCUUUAGCUUCAGAAGUUAAAAAGACAGCUGGUGUUUUUUCUGAAAAUGCAUUCAUCGGUGCCAUGUACUAUUUGAUCUGGUACAUGCUUGCUAGUCACAUAACAGGCUCUGUCUGGUACUUACUGGCCAUAGAACGUAAUGACACAUGCUGGAAGAAUGCUUGUUAUGAAGUUGAAGGAUGCAAUACACAUUUCUUGUACUGUGGGAGUUCGAAUAAGCAUAUGUCAGGGUAUGAAAGUUGGAGAAAUGUCAGUGAGACUGUUCUUAAAAGUCGCUGCUUUGUUCGGGAAGAUAACUCAGAAUUUAAUUAUGGAAUCUUCUCUCAAGCUAUACAGUCUGAUAUUGUUGCUUCCAUAGAAGUGUUUCCUAAAUUUUGUUACUGUUUAUGGUGGGGCCUUCAAAACUUGAGUACACUUGGUCAGGGGCUUCUAACCAGUACCUACCCUGGAGAGGUUAUGUUUUCCAUAGUAAUAGCUAUUAUGGGGCUACUCCUUUUUUCUCUUCUGAUUGGAAACAUGCAGACCUACCUUCAAUCAAUGUCAGUUCGUCUUGAGGAAAUGAGGAUCAAAAGGCGUGACUCUGAGCAGUGGAUGCAUCAUCGCUUGCUUCCUCCGGAGCUAAGGCAAAGAGUCAGACGCUAUGACCAAUACAAGUGGCUUAACACCCGAGGAGUAGAUGAAGAGAGCUUGGUUCAAAGUCUUCCAAAAGAUCUCAGGAGAGAUAUCAAACGGCAUCUUUGUUUGAAUUUGGUCAGAAGGGUUCCUCUCUUUGCUAACAUGGACGAACGCUUGCUUGAUGCUAUAUGUGAGCGAUUGAAACCAAGUUUGUAUACAGAGAGCACUUACAUAGUUAGGGAAGGAGAUCCAGUUAAUGAGAUGCUUUUCAUCAUAAGGGGUCGUCUAGAGAGUGUUACUACAGAUGGCGGAAGAAGUGGAUUUUUCAACAGAGGUCUUCUGAAAGAAGCUGACUUCUGUGGUGAAGAGUUACUGACAUGGGCACUGGACCCAAAAUCUGCUGCUAACUUGCCAUCAUCUACAAGAACAGUGAAGGCUAUAAAUGAGGUUGAGGCAUUUGCUUUGGAAGCAGAGGAGUUGAAGUUUGUUGCUUCACAGUUUAGGCACAUUCACAGUAGACAAGUUCAGCACACCUUCCGUUUCUACUCUCAACAGUGGAGAACAUGGGCUGCAAUCUUCAUUCAAGCUGCAUGGAGGCGCCAUUAUAGGAGAAAAAUUGCAGAGCAGCGCAGGAAGGAGGAAGAAGAAUCAUAUGAUUCUGAUUAUGAAGGAGGUGAUGAUUCUGCAAGGGCCUUGGUUCCACAUAAUGAAAGUUCUUCUGGUUUUGGAUUUGGUACUACUGUCUAUGCUUCUCGCUUUGCUGCCAAUGCACUUCGUGGUCAUAGGCUACGUGUUGGAAGUUCCAGCAACUUUAUGAAACUCCGAAAGCCCUCGGAACCUGACUUCAGUGUUUUUGACAAAGAGUGA